CAAGAAAUGACGAGCGAAAUAAUCAGAUUUAGAUUGCGGUGUUCUGAUGGUUUGAAGACGCUGACUAUUCCUGCAUCCGCUAGUUUAAUAGAUUUGUUAGAAUUGAUAGCAGAAGUCUCUAAGAUACCAAUCGCAAACCAAGACCUUAGGAUUGGCUAUCCGCCUAGACAUUUCAGCUUCUCACAAGACGAUUACACUAAUUUGGCCACCCAACAUGGAUUACGUAACGGCGAACAGUUGAUAUUAAAUCAUAUUGAUAAUAACGCGUCAAAUACAACUACAGUAGAAGCUUCAAAUACUAUAAAUCAUAUUACUCCUCCUAAACCAAAAAAUAAAUCCGUUGAUGGUCAUUCUGUGCAGUUGAACAGUGGUGACGGUUGGUUAACCCUAAGAGUCGUUCCAGAUGAUAAUAGUUGUCUCUUUAGCGCGAUUUCAUUGGCUAUUUUGGGCUCCAUUGAUGAAAACUACAUGAUGCGAGGCAUCGUCGCAGAAACAAUAAAAUCCGAUCCAAUCACAUAUAAUGAGACAUUCCUCGGACACCCUCAAAAUCAAUACAUAGAGACCAUAGCCGAUCCACACAGCUGGGGUGGCGCGAUUGAACUUUCAAUUCUCUCACAUGCUUUCAAAAUCUCAAUAAUUAGCUUGGAUAUAGCUACAGGCAGGAUCGACAAGUAUAACACUGAAUAUGAGAACAGAAUAUUUGUCGUAUACUCAGGUAUUCACUACGAUGCGCUCUCUUUGUCGCCAUCACAGAAUGCUUCUGCAGAAUUCCACACUACAGUUUUCCCUUCCUUCGAAGCACCAUCUGAUUUCCCUGAUCCUCUACUCGAAGCCUGCAAACAGCUUGCCGGUGAAUUGAGAGAACGGAGGUACUACACUGAUACUUCUACUUUUACGCUCAAAUGUGGCGAUUGUGGCGCCGCCCUCGAAGGUGAAAAGCAAGCGACAGAACAUGCUGCUAAUUUUGGACAUACCGCUUUCACGGAAUAUUAGCGUACUAUUAUAAUGCAGUCCAAUCAAAACAAUGACCGUAUUUGUCAUUACGUUCACUGUAAUCCCAUCAAUAUAAGAUAUGCAUGCAAACUUCUAUUAUAUAACAUGUGAUUAACUAUACACCACUAUCAGUGCCACUUUCAGUGUUGCUAUCUAGGAGUGGGCUAAUGAUCUUUGACCAGUCGAAAUCGGAAUCAUUGACAAGGUUGUUAGGUGCAUCAGACAUAAAGUUUAGAUUGUCAACACUAAACAGAUUGUCCUUCAUUGCAUCUGUAUUCUGCAUGUACUCUAACAUAUCACCGAAUAAUUGAUAAUCUUGCUCUGCCAACACCUGUUGAUUAGCAUCCUCACUUUUGACUGCAGAUAAGGUUCUAUUCGACAAGCAAUUAUGUCUGACCUCAUUUGUGCUUUGGUAUGA